AGGAAGAUUUGGCUUCACGGGUCUACGAUGUGUGUCAUCGUCGGCUGAGCCGUGCCGCUGGGCCGCUUUCCCGGCCGAUCUGCAGCAGAUGACAAUGCGUCUGUGUGCACUGCUGCUGCUGCCACUGCUCGUGAUUAUGGGGUCCCCGCUGGCGAGACGAGCGGUCAAGAGCGCGCCCAACCGGACCUACAAGACGGCUCGACCCCUGGCCGCGCCACCAUCAUCAUCAUCAUCAUCAUCCUCGUCCUCGUCGUCAUCAUCACCAUCGUCGUCGUCGUCGUCAUCAUCAUUGUCAUCGGGAGCGGCGUCGUCAUUGGCAUCGUCUAAAUCGUCGUCGGCUUCUUCUUCGUCGGCAGAUUCAUCGGCGCCGUUAUCGUCCUCAUCAAUAUCGUCGAAAUCGUCGUCGUCGUCAUCGUCGUCUUCAUCGUCGUCGUCCGCAAGCGGAAGGAACUACUGCCUCGGCUACUUCGACGUGAUGGGCCUCUGGGACCCGCCGUUCAGCUGCAACUCGACCGAGUAUCGUUUCUGCUGCGGCACCUGUAGCAUGCGCUACUGCUGCAACAUUUUCGGCUCGCAGCUCAAUCAGUCGGUGUGCCACAACUACAAGACGCCCGACUGGGCCUCUCCUACCGCCAACCAGAAGCCCACCGCGGACCCCGAUUCCAAUUACGACCCCGCCAUGGACCGCACCAAUCUCGUGGUCUACAUCGUGUUCGGAGUCAUCGCCCUAGCGCUGCUGUCCGCGGUGCUGGCCAAAGUGGUGCUCAGGAGGGUGACACGCGCCGCCAGGGAUAUUAAAAUGCCCAAGUAA